UAUCGCGGCGGCGAGGUUAGCGAUGUCGCAAAAUCGGUGAACGCGACGCGCUCCGACCUCCCGUGAUUUAUCCGGCAAUAGUUGGCAACUGCUAAAAAAUUUCAAAAUUCUCUCUUUCCCCCUCCCCGUCUACGUCGCCGCUUCAUCCGUUGCUUUUAUCGGCGAUAAAUCAAACUUGCCGAAGAAUUACGCGAAGUCGCGAAGAUUGUAAUUUAGCCCGGCGCACCUUCGAGAUGUCGUCGCUGAUCGUUGCGCAAGACUCGCAGCUGAUGAUGCUGGAGCUAGCCGUGGAAAAUCUUUAUAUGCCGUGGACGAGCCUGUUCGACAAGGCUCUGCUGAAGAAGACGAUCGUAAUGUUCCGUAUGUUGGACGACGAGUGGGUAACGAUGGCGCCUAAUCGCAGCGACUACAGAUCCUACCGGGGCUCGAACUACGAGACCGAGCGGUUCUACGGCGGGAAAUCGGUGGUGUUCGCGGUCCCGGAAAAGUGCCUGGAGAAACCGGUGAAGGCGGUGGAGCUUCAGAUUUACGUGUACAAACAGGUGUCCAAGUUUUUCGAGCUGGAACGCCGGCAGAAUUUCGGUUACGCAGUUGUCAGCGUGGACGGGCUGCUUAACGGCAUUAUCAAGGAUCUGAGCGAGAGAAAAGAGCUGGAAGGGUACUUUUCCAGUGACCUGAACCGGGAGCCUGUAUCAAGAUCGACUCGCGGGACGUUCCCGUUGCUGGACGAGAACCAACGGGAGACCGAGGCCACCUUGGAGGUCUACGUUCGCGUGAGUUGUCUCGGCAGAUGCAUCUUGACGGAGACGUACGCGCCGAGGAGCAUCCGGAAAGCGUUCUACGCUCGGGAAGAGUCCGACGACUAUUACGAGUACCAGUUCCGCGAGUUGUCGUCCGAGGACGUCGAGUCCUACCACUGGGGUAGCGCGACGAUCCUGCCUCCCGUGCAUCCCGACAGACUGAUGUGCAACUGUCGGCUCGAGGAGAAGGAAGAAACCACGCAAACGGCGGAGAAGAGGAGGAAACGGAAGCGCGACGAUUACGCGGCUAGACUGGCGCAGGUGAACAGGCUGCUGGCGCUGAUGAAGAAGAUGCGGGAGAACCGGCCGGAAAUCGCGGGACGAGCGGAGGGUCCCAAGAAGGUCUGCCCGACGUCGGACGCGGCGCCCUGCUGUCGCCCACCCGCGCCCUGCGUCCUCGGCUUCUCCUCCUGGCCGACCUCGUGCGAACCGACGACCGUUUGCUGCCUGCCGCCGCCGUCUUCGCCAUCCUGCUGGACGUAGAAAGUUCGCGAAGAUCCAAAGAUGUUUCGCACGCGAUCGAGCCAAUCUCCGUCGAGAGUCAACCGUAUAAGACCGAAUUUGCAUGCAAAGGGAAAUCGCGAAGACGUACCGGAGAAUCCUCGACGGAGGCGUUUCCCGGCGAAGUCGAGAGAGAGCUCUAUCAUUGUUCCAGUCGGAUCAUUCGGAGAUAACCGCGACGACGUCCGUUUCCCGGCUGCUGAGAGCGCGAAGAAGAGGCGUCCCGUACGCGAGAAUUUCCUCGAAUUUCCAUCCGCGCCUCGCGGACCCGCGCGAUAAUCUCGUUCGCACGACGGGACGUCGGCCGUCUGCGCCGUCGUCUUUCCAGAAGCUUCGUCUCAGGUUUUUUCAAGGCAUCCCGACGCGUUCCGCUCGCCGUGGCAGCUCGAUAUUCACUUCGCGUCGAGUAUUCCGAUAUUCCAUGCAAUUGAAAGCCGGCGGAGUUUUGCAUUUUGAUUACGGGCCUCUCGUCCCGAACCGAAUCGAAUCGCUCGGCGAGCACGCAAAGUCCUCCGCGCGCUUCGUUUUCCAUCGGCGGCCACGGCGCGCGGUGGACCGGCUAUUUCAUCGCAGGCGGCAUUAGGCGAGAUUCGGAUCUCGCGAGGAUCUCCGUGGACCGACUUAUCCGCGAAUCGAGUCGACGCCUCGCCCGCUUCCGGCGUCGAUUGUCCAAACAUUCGAUAAAUUUGAAUAACGUGAAUCAGUCGGAAAUAAAUACGUGAACGUUCAACUUCA